AACGGUGACGAUGAAGUACCUGAUUUCGAUGUUGGGUCUCGGGCUGCUGCUCGUGUUUGUGACCAGUUUGGCGGAAAGCAGUUUGCGCAACAGUUUGGCGAAUUCUACCGAUUUCAUCGAUGGUGGUAACGGGCUGCAGAAGAAUGCAUCGUGUUUGAUGCUGUGCAACUACUGUGGCUGUGAUGGGAGCUUUGUGGGGGAUGAUUGUGUCUGUGAUUGCGGCAUCGACGGCGAGGAACAUGUACAAUGCUUGGAGAAGUUAGAGUCCAUGGAGCAGCAGGUUGAUUUUGAGACGAUUGAAGAUGAAAAAAGCUUUAUUGUGAAUGAGUUAGAAAUUCAAGGGCGGCGCAUUCGAAGACAGUCGGACGACAACUUGGAUCGGGUAGGACCUGGUCGGAAGCUAAUUCGCAAGAACAAGCGGAAGAAGGUCAACAACCGACGAGGACGAGGUCGAAGGUUUUUGCAGAUGUUAACCAGUGGACCGAAUAAAAAUAAGGAAUAA